UGGGGUUUAAUCUACCAAUAAAAACCCACCAUCUCCCCAUUAACCAGAUAAUGUUCAACUCUCUGUCCCUUUUCCCUCUCUCUUUCUUCCCACCUUCUCUCAUGACAGUCUCAAUACAAAGAACCUUCUUCUUCUUCUUCUCUUAUUGACUCGUCGCCACCACAGAGACUCUGUUCUGGAUCCUCUGGUGCAAAGGCCUUUAAGAGCUAAGAAUUUGUUAAUUUGAAUUGGUGUACAGUGCUAAGGGGUUAGUUUGAAAUCCAACUAGCUACUUCCAUCUUCAGAAGCUCACAGGUUUGAUCCUUAUAUUUUCCUCGGAAAAUGAUGAUGAUGUUUGAGGAGAUGGGGUUUUGUAAUGAUUUGGACACGAUGUCUACUGUCCUCGGGGAAGAGGAUAUGACCGCCCGGCAAACUGAUCCAGAGGCGAUAGUUGAUGAUGAUUUCAGUGAUGAAGAAAUUGGGGUAGAUGAGCUUGAAAGGAGGAUGUGGAAGGACAAAAUGCGUCUCAAGCGAAUGAAGGAGCAGAGUAAAUCUAAGGAAGGAAUUGAUGCAGUGAAGCAAAGACAGUCUCAAGAACAGGCAAGGAGGAAAAAGAUGUCCAGGGCUCAAGAUGGAAUCUUGAAGUACAUGCUGAAGAUGAUGGAGGUUUGUAAGGCCCAAGGAUUUGUUUAUGGGAUAAUCCCCGAGAAGGGGAAACCAGUGACUGGAGCAUCUGAUAAUCUUCGUGAAUGGUGGAAAGAUAAAGUCAGAUUCGAUCGAAAUGGUCCAGCUGCCAUAGCCAAAUACCAAGCUGAUCAUGCUAUCCCUGGAAGGAAUGAUGGAUGCAAUUCAAUUGGUCCAACUCCACAUACCUUGCAGGAGCUGCAGGACACAACAUUGGGUUCUCUCUUGUCAGCACUCAUGCAACACUGUGAUCCUCCUCAGAGGAGGUUUCCAUUGGAGAAGGGUAUUCCUCCACCGUGGUGGCCAACAGGAAAUGAAGAGUGGUGGCCCCAGAUUGGUUUGCCUAAAGAUCACAGUCCCCCUCCUUACAAGAAGCCCCAUGACCUGAAGAAGGCAUGGAAAGUUGGCGUUUUGACUGCAGUUAUAAAGCAUAUGUCCCCAGAUAUUGCCAAAAUUCGGAAGCUUGUGAGGCAGUCGAAGUGCCUCCAGGAUAAGAUGACGGCAAAGGAAAGUGCAACCUGGCUGGCAAUCAUCAAUCAGGAGGAGGCCUUGGCAAGAGAGCUUUAUCCUGAUUAUAUUCCCCCAUUAUCCUCAGGUGGAGGUAGUGGAUCUUUGGUGGUUAAUGAUGGCAAUGAGUAUGAUGUUGAAGGGGGUGAAGAUGAGCCUAACUUUGAUGUGGAAGACAGGAAACAUGAGAAUGGUCACACACCCAAUCUGGGGAUGGAGAGAAUGGGGGGAACUCUGGCAGUUCAGCAGCCUCCUUUUUCAAUCAAGGGAGAGGCUGUUACAAAUUUGGAUUUCAUAAGGAAGAGGAAGGUUUCAAAUGAGUUUAACGUGAUGGAUAUGAAGAUUUACACAUGUGAACAGCCUCAGUGCCCUUAUAGUCAAGUUCGCCUUGGUUUUCCCGACAGAAUUUCUAGGGACAAUCAUCAGUUGAUUUGUGCAUAUAGAGGUCCUUCAGAUUUUGGGGGUCCAAAUUUUCAUGUUAAUGAGGUAAAGCCAGUGAUAUACCCCCAGUCCUUUGUUCCACCCAAGUCUACUGCUCAGUCUGCUAACAUGGUCCCUCCUGUAAUUGAUCUCACUGGACUUGAAGUUUCAGAAGAUGGUCAGAAAAUGAUCAGUGACCUUAUGACUAACUAUGAAACAAAUGUUCAAGGCAACAAGAACAUAAGUUCAUGUAAUCGCAUGGCUGCAGAGAAUCCCUGUCUUCGCCAGCAUGGCAUGCAGCAGCAGCAGCAGCAGCAGCCACAGGACAACUUCAUUCGUGGGCAAGGAAUCACUAUGGAAGGAAACAUCUUUGAUGAGCCCAACAUGUCCAAUAAUCAUCACAUAUUUGCUAGAGAAGAAGGCCAAUAUGAGCGGUUCAAAGCUUUGAAUAAUGCUCCCUUCGAGACCAAUCAAAACAACCAUAACUUCAAUUCAAUGUUUGGUUCCUUUUGUGAUUUGGCAUCAUUUGAUUUCAAGGAGGACAUGCAAGGAGUAGGGAUGGAUGCUCUUCAGAAACAGCCAGAUUUUUCCAUAUGGUAUCAGUGAAGAUGACAAAGCUCAUUGUCCACAUCACAAACACUUACUUUCAUGUGAAGUUCCUUCAUCCAAAAGUCUUACCCAAUUUUCUUCACAUGUAAUUCUCUAUGUCUAGAACUAGAUAUUCUAUGCUUAUCCUCUACAGGUCUAGUAUUUGUUACAAUAAACAACUUGCAUGUUCCCACUAAGUGUGUUCUUUUAUCAAUCUAGCCUCUGUGUUACUUAAAAUCACUAUUCUCUGUAAGACUGUGAUAUAAAUAAGAUUUAAAGUUUCUUCCAAA